AUGUUUGCGUCCGUUUCGCACCCUGAUGAGUCUCCCAGAGUCAUUGAUAUUCACAAUGUUGAAGAUGAUGACAAUUGUGGAUAUAGAUGCAUUUUUUCCUUGAUGGGUAAGGGAGAACAAAAUUGGAAGCAGGUCCGAGAAGACAUGAUAAAGGAGCUUACAUUACGGCAAUGUAUUUAUCAUGGUAUGUAUGGCACCGACAAACAUUACGAAAAAGUACUACAAGCCUUGCAUCUUGCUCCAAAUGAGUUUGCAACGGAGGAGAAGUGGUUAUCCGUGCCGGAUAUGGGCCACAUUGUUGCUACGAUGUACCAGGUUGUGUUCGUGACCUUGUCGAAUCGGGGGGGCGCCACCUACUUCCCUCUCACCGGUCCAGUGCUACAUCCAUCAGAGCACCAGAUUAUAUGUUUACUCUUUGUCAACAACAACCACUGGGUGAAGGUGCUUAUUUCAACUGACUUUCCUUUGCCAACGGUUAAUCCACAAUGGAUUUAUCAUUGUACUGUUGAAGCUCGUGGUUGGCAGCUACCAUACCUGGAUCGCAUGAUCCUAUUCAACAAACUCUCCCGAGAGUUUAUGUUUCUGUUGGAGUUCCUGUCUCUAUCAAAUUUCUGCAAAAACUCGCACUACGGAACUGCGUCCACCAUGCACGCUCAGGGUGCGAUGGUUUUUACCUGCGAGUAUUUAUGA